AUGGCAGGAUACGACGAAAAGCCCUAUGAUGUUUCAAACGACGUAAGCGUCGCUGUCGCAAACGUCAUCUGCGGCAUGGCGCUUGGGAAGCGGUAUCUCUACGAGGAUAAAACGUUUCGGGAGAUUUUGGAUGCCAUGGAUAAGGUCUUUGCUGAACUUCGAUGUGGACAGAUCUUCAGCGUCUUUCCUUUCUUACGGUUUGUUCCUGGGAUUUUAUUUUCUGGGCUCUUUUCUACAGUAAACAGAACCUGUAAAGAAGUCUUGGAACAGAACUCUAAGAUUCAGCGAGUAUUGUGGAACGAGAUAGCCCGCCAUCGCGAGAACCUGGAUCGCGAGAACCCCCGAGACUUCAUCGACACCUGCCUUCUGGAGAUGGAACUGCAGGAAAAGGUUGAUGGUCUGACGGAGGAAAACGUCAUGUACAUGGCCCAGGACCUCUUCUUCGCGGGAACUGAGACAAGCUCCACCACACUGCAGUGGAGUCUGCUCUUCAUGACUUUGAACCCCAAGAUCCAAAACAAGGUACUUGCUAUUGAGCUUGAUGCCGUUGUUGGUGAGGGUCUGGCGGCCCUGUCCCAUCGUUCCCAGCUGCCCUACGUGAACGCCUGUCUGCUGGAGGUCAUGAGGAUCCGGACUAUCGUACCUCUGUCUGGUCCUCACGCUACGACUGAGGCCGUUAAAGUACAGGGAUACGACAUCCCAGAGGGGACUCAGGUACUACCUAACCUAUACUCCCUCCACAUGGACCCCGCCUACUGGCCUGAUCCGGACCGGUUUGACCCCGGAAGGUUUCUGGACGCGGAAGGAAACGUCAUCAACAAGCCUGAGUCCUUCAUGCCUUUCGGAGGAGGCCGACGCGGCUGUCUUGGUGAGCAGCUGGCCAAGAUGGAGCUUUUCCUGUUCUUCUCGACCCUACUGAAGUCAUUCACCUUUACGACGCCAGGGGGCGCUCCUCCUCCUUCCACCGAAGGCGUCUUCGGAUUGACCUUGACCCCGCAUCCGUUCAAGCUCUGUGCGAUACCGCGUUAG